GAUAAGAAAUGAUUCGUUUAUCUUUGGUGUGUUUAAUUUUUAUUAGCUUAACAAUUGCCAGAAAACAUGAAACUUUUGAUGCUCCAUUUAUAAUCGACAAAAAUGGUUCCAUGAUGUUAAUGAUUAAUGGAUAUAAUUAUACUUUAAAUGAGAAAUUGACUUUAAAAGUAACAGAUGAAAUAUGCGAAACCGAUAUCGACUUUUCGAGAGCAAAUGAAACAGAGAAAAAUAACAGAAAAGGAAUUCGUUUAAUGAAAGUGGAAUGUGAAACGGAGAUUGAAGAUAAUGAAAGUACAGAAAGCGUAGAAGCAACGAAUACAACAGAGAAGAAAAAUUAACUUCUUUUCUAAGAUGAAAUUUAUCAUUCAAUUGCUGGAUUAUUGUCUUUAUUGUUAAAUUACAUCUUUUGGUUGUAAUUUGCA